UCAAUAGAUAACUCGGUUGCUGAAGAAUUCAGUACGCGUUGCCAACAUCUCAUGUUGUCCACUAUUGCGAAAAUUGAAUGUUGUGUUUUGACAAAUAGAAGCGCGGGAAAUAUAAUUUGUUGAAUGAACUUAGUGAACUGUAAACAAAAUAAAUUUAAAUAACACGUCGGCGGUAAAAUUGUGUCAAUUCGCAGCUGCGUGCCAUAGCGUUCGUGUGUUACCGUAGGCCUGCAGAAGGCGGCAUCCUCUAGUUGUUACAGAGUGAUGUGGAUUACUUCCCGGCGACAACCCGAACCUGGAUUAUAAACAACUAUUGCAAUACACUGUAUUACAAAGUGCUACUUUUCAUAAACAUUAUCAUUUUGACGUUCCUUGACAAGUUUUCAAGCUAACAGCUGAAGAAGCCUGCAAGAUGAGCUUCAAUAAAAAUAACCCCAAUGCCGUGGGGAAAAUCAUGGACUACCUCAAGCAGCUCUCCACCGAGAUGGGUGGGAGCGAGCAAGCUCGCCGAGGACAAGGCGACGAGGAAAGGCUAUAUAGGACACGCGGUCCCAAGUACUCGCGUGUGCCUUCGAAGCCAACACUUUCUGCUUCAACCACUUCAACAUCUUUGGCGGCAUCUCUCGGAUCCCAGGGAACUUUGGUGCCCAAUUACGCUACGAUCCCAGAGAACGCUUCUACUGAGAGCAGCAGUGAAGACGAACAGGACUCAUUCGAGAACACCAGACGUCAUUUCCAGCAACUUCGCCAGAUCAGUCUAGGAAACGAGUUCAAGUACAAGAUGGAGAUGGAAAUCCAAGGCGCAAAGGAAGAGAAUUUGCGGAAUUCGAUCCCAUAUGUAAAACAAUUGAGUACAGACAACAACGCGAAGCGUGACUACAGCAUCAAUGGAGAUACUCCGCCAUAUGCACCGACGACACAACGUCUUUACCUGUGGACACAACUCUUGGCGGCAUUCGCAGUGUCUAUGGGCUCACUGAUUGUCGGAUUCUCGUCAGGCUACACUUCUCCUGCUUUGAUUAGCAUGAACAGCACUCUGCAUAUGACUAAAGAAGAGUCCACUUGGGUCGGUGGUCUUAUGCCCCUGGCAGCGUUGGUGGGUGGCAUAGCAGGAGGGCCUCUGAUUGAAGGUAUUGGAAGACGAUGGACCAUAAUGGGAAUGGCUCUACCAUUCUUCACCGGCUGGAUUUUAAUAGGAUCGGCGACAAAUGUAAUAAUGGUGUUCGCUGGACGAGUCUUCUGUGGCGUAUGCGUUGGAGUAGUCUCCCUGGCUUUCCCAGUAUAUCUUGGUGAAACACUACAGCCUGAAGUACGAGGUGCAUUCGGAUUGCUUCCCACAGCAUUCGGUAACACUGGAAUUCUUCUGGCAUUCUUUGUGGGUAGCUACCUUGACUGGUCAAAACUUGCAUACUUUGGAGCUGUGCUUCCUGUACCAUUCUUCUUACUUAUGCUGCUGACACCAGAAACUCCACGUUGGCUUGUGUCCAAGGGACGUUCCGAAGACGCACGCAAAGCCCUGCAGUGGCUCAGAGGCAGGAAAACAAAUGUUGAAAAAGAAAUGGGCGAUCUUACAUUGACACAGGCAGAUUCCGAUAGAAAAGGUGGAAAUGCACUUAAACAACUGUUUAAUUAUAAAUACAUGCCAGCCGUCCUUAUAUCUCUUGGAUUAAUGUUGUUCCAACAAUUGAGUGGAAUUAAUGCAGUAAUUUUCUAUGCCGCAUCAAUCUUUAAAAUGGCUGGCAGUAGUGUUGACGAAAAUUUGGCAAGUAUUAUUAUUGGAAUUGUCAACUUUAUUUCAACAUUUAUAGCGACUGCCAUUAUUGAUCGCCUGGGUCGCAAAAUGUUAUUGUACAUUUCCUCAGUUGCUAUGAUUAUUACACUUGUAUCUUUGGGAGCAUAUUUCUACGUUAAGGAUUCAGGAGUUGAUGUCACCGCUUAUGGUUGGUUACCACUUGCUUGCCUUGUUAUUUAUGUCCUUGGUUUCUCUAUUGGCUUUGGACCUAUUCCAUGGCUGAUGUUGGGCGAAAUUCUGCCAUCAAAGAUCCGUGGCACAGCCGCUUCUUUGGCGACUGGAUUUAACUGGACAUGUACUUUUAUUGUCACCAAAACUUUCCACAAUAUUAUUGAUGCCAUUAAUAUGUACGGUACCGUGUGGUUGUUUGCUGUUAUCUGUUUAGUGGGAUUGUUCUUCGUAAUAUUCUUUGUGCCUGAAACCCGAGGCAAGAGUUUGGAAGAAAUAGAAAGGAAAUUAACCGGAGGGUCGCGACGAGUGCGGAACAUUAACAGCAAGCAAUCACAAAAUUGCUAAUUUUAGAAUUCGCCUAAUGGUCGGGAAUUAUGUACAUUCCAAAUACUAAGUUAUGAACUGUAUUAGGAAGCAAAUUUUAGAAUAUGUAAUAAGGCAAAGCACUGAAUCAGUGCGGGCUGAAGACUGAAUGGGAAUGUAGCCAUAAGUGUUAUUUUAAUAGGUGUAUAUAGUAGAAAAUUAGAAUAGUUAAAUGUCUUGAAACAGUUCCUUUAGUUAUAAAAUUGUAGUAGCAUUCCGCUUUGCGACGGUGCUCGCUAUUAUUUUAGUUCCUAACUUUAUAUUGGAUCUGUUUUGGAAGACUCACUCAUAUUUAUAAUUAUCUUGUAAUUAAUUGUACAUAGAUGAAAAAUUGCUUUCCUAUUGCAUUGUAUACGUAUUGAGUUAACUAUACAAUUAAAAAUGCUUACUCAGAAUUGAAAUUAGGUUCAAUUCACUCAUAAGAAGCUUGAUGUAGAUCUGUAAACUAUAAUAUUUUAUUUAAUGGUCAUGACAAAUCUGUUUUAAGUACUAUAGUAACCAAAUAAUUAUUUUAAGCACUAGCUAAAUGUAUAUUCUUCCGUUUCUAUGUAUGAGACUCCGUAUAUUAUGGAGUUAAUAUUUAUUGUUGUUAUUUUUAAUACAAAAUAAUUUAUAAUUUA